AUGUCUCCUUUAAUCUUCAACUCCCCUGCACCCCACGUACCGUAUUAUACCCCUGCGCAGUAUCCCGCCGCAGGAACUGCUCUCGACCCUCAACCUGAUGGAAAACCCAUCCCGAUGCUUUUUCAGCCUAUCAAGAUACGCGGCCUAGAAUUUCAUAACCGCCUAUGGUUGUCCCCCAUGUGCCAAUACUCUGCUGAAGACGGCAAGCUUACGGCUUGGCAUUUUGCGCACCUUGGCGGUAUCAUCUCUCGAGGACCUGGUCUCAAUAUUGUCGAGGCCACUUCUGUGACUCCUGAGGGCCGCAUCACCCCUGAAGAUUCUGGGCUCUGGUGUGAUGAGCAGAUUGCGCCCCUCCGUGAGAUCGUCACUUUCGCGCACUCACAGAACCAGAAAAUCGGCAUUCAGCUCGGGCACGCGGGAAGAAAGGCGUCCACUGUUGCACCCUGGCUCUCCAAGGGCGACACUGCCUCCGUGCUCGCCGGUGGCUGGCCCGACGACGUGUGGGCGCCGACCGCCGGUGCACACAGCGCAACAUACCCACACGCGCACGAGCUGACGAAGGACGGCAUCCGGCGUGUCGUGCGCGCGUUCGUGGAUGCAACGAAGCGCGCGCUGCAGGCGGGCUUCGACGUGAUCGAGAUACACAACGCACACGGAUACCUGCUGCACGAGUUUGUGAGCCCUAUCACUAACAAGCGCACAGACGAGUAUGGCGGGAGCUUCGAGAACCGUAUUCGGCUUACGCUCGAGGUCGUCGACGCGGUGCGCGCGGUGAUCCCCCACGACAUGCCGCUCUUUUUGCGUAUAUCUGCAACGGAUUGGCUCGAGAAGAGCCUCGCUAACGAGCCAUCGUGGCGCGGUGAGGACACAGUACGCCUUGCAGGUAUACUCGCCGAACACGGGGUGGACCUGCUCGACGUCAGCUCUGGCGGCUUGCAUCCUGCGCAGAAGAUCCAGGGGGGGCCUGCUUACCAAGCGCCAUUCGCCGAGAUGGUGAAGAAGGAACAUGGGGACAAGAUCCUAGUCGGAUGCGUCGGUGCGAUCUCGGACGGACGGACAGCACAGAGUGUGUUGGAUAAGGGUCAGGCAGAUGUUGUGCUCAUGGCGCGGCAGUUCCAGAAGAAUCCCGGGAGCGUCUGGCAGUUUGCAGAAGAGCUCGGUGUUGCUAUUAAUGUUGCGCAUCAGAUUGAAUGGGGUUUCAUGGGGCGUGGAAAUGUUGGGCGGUCGCCGGUAAAGAGUAAGGUGUGA